CCUGAGGAAGACGUGUUGUGCAAAACAUUGUUCAGAAGAACAGCGUGCUUUAAUCAAAACGUUGAUUGGAGAGGGGAAAUCAUAUGAAGAAGUGCAGAAAAUGAUAGGCUGCUCAGCUAAAAUGAUCGGCAGUGCUUUAAAAUGGAAAGUCAAACCAGAGAGACGUGGAAGAAAGUGGAAGACUACCAUUCGAAUGGAUCGAACAAUAGCCAGAAUGUUUCUCUUUCAGACCCAAACAUCAUCACAGCCGAGUCUGGACAGAACGUCACUCUGCCCUGUCGAGCUUCAAACAACAACAUCAUAAUUCUUGAGUGGAGCAGAGCUGAUCUGGGGACACAGCAUGUUGUUGUGUACCGGGAUGGGCAGUUUGCUCCAGACAACCAGCAUCAAUCUUUUAAGAACCGGGUGGAUCUGCAGGACAGACAGAUGAAGGAUGGAGACGUGUCUUUGAUUCUGAAGGAUGUGACAACUGCUGAUAAUGGAACAUAUGAGUGUCGAGUCUUAAUGGGAGAAAUACACUCGUGGGAGCUCAACAUCAUCUACCUGAGUGUUGUUGAUCCUCCAGGUGAGUGAGUAGAGUUGAGUGUGUGUGUGAUCAGAGGUGAAGCUGCUUCCUGGUUGUUGAUGUUUGUUUCUAAAGAUGUUGUUGAUGAGACUUUGUAGAAA